AUGCCAGAUGUAGAUCAGAAACUUGCAGUCUGCCCGGUUGGAUUUUCCUCCCGAAAGUUAGUCAUGCAUUUAGCUGUAAAGGGAAAGUUUAUGCACAGUCAUGGAAGCCAACAUGCGUUCACGGCCAGUUGGGCUUUUUCGCCGUUUACCCUUGUAAACGAUUUCAUUUUGACGAUGGCAGGCCCCAAAGAAGGAGCGAAAAGAGGCCCGUCUGCCCUUGUGCAGCUAUAUCUCACUCUUUAUAACUUCGCGUCUGCCACGGCCUGGGGAUUUACACUGUUCUUGCUCGUUAAAAGUGUUCUAGAGACAAAUGUAAAACAGUCUUAUGACGCUUGUGGAUGGACGGUGACUGUUGUCCAAUCUGUGGCGAUUCUAGAGGUCCUUCAUGCCAUAUUUGGAUUGGUGAAAACCCCGGUCGUAACGACCGUGAUCCAAGUCUCGUCGCGUUUGCUUCUCGUAUGGGGCGUUACCUAUCCUUUCAAUAUCCCCGAGGUUCGGGAGCACUGGGCGUUCACCACGAUGGUUGGAGCAUGGUGUGUUGCCGAGAUUGUUCGUUACCUCUAUUAUGGAUUCAAUCUUGUGGGAUCCCAACCUGCAUGGCUCAUCUGGUGCCGGUACAACUUCUUCUUUAUUCUCUACCCCGUUGGUGCUGGAAGUGAAUGGAUCUUGCUCAUCCAAUCCCUGUCCGCCGUCCGACAAUUUGAUGAACGCCUUUGGGCCCUCUAUGUCAUCAUUGCUGGCUUAUAUCCUCCUGGUCUGUUUAAAAUGUAUUCUCAUAUGAUGGGACAGCGGAGAAAGUACUUGAAAGGAACACAAGAGUCCAAAACCAAAAAGCGCGCAUAGAGACUAUAUCAUACAUAAUGUAGUAUUAGAGUUUUCGACGUUCUCAUCUGUAUGGAUCUUCAAUGACAUUUGGGAAGGCAAACACCAACUUUUGAAGCCCAACCUCCUCGAGUGGUUCAAAC